GUACUACCAGUACUACAGUCCGCCGCAGACCGAGGAACUGUCUCAUCCAUAUCUGAUCGCUGAUCCUACGUGAAAUUGACAGCUGCUGAUUCCGCGGCGGUCGUCUAUACGUGUGCGAGCUGCACCACACGUACACAUACACAAGCUCCGGCCAAUAAUAAAAGAAGAAGAAAAGGAGAGAGAGAGAGAGAGUGAGAGAGGAGAGGAGGGCCGAGGGCAGAAAAAGAAAACAGGGCGAGCGAGGAGGAGCGCCUAUCUUAUGCCCCGCACACACACACCAGUCGAGGUACUCCAGCAGAAUUAGGUGGUAAAGUACACGUCGAACGCGCUGCUGCUUCGUUGUCAAUUUGCUGCUGAUAAUCGGCAUGCUGCCAACUCAGCCCGCACUCGGAGAUCGUCUGGUGUGGUCGCUACCUCGCUGAACUGCACUGUCCCCGCCACGACAUGAGCAUCUUCCUCGUCGCUGGAUAGGCUACGAGGUAACAAAACAAACACGUCAGGGAAGAACGUAGCGUUGGCCCGGGAUUUGCUCGAGGAUGUCAGGCGCACCCUCUGCCGCUACUGGGGCUGGCCCCCAGGAGAGCGUGGCCAAGUUCUUCGAGUCCUUGCAGGCAGAUCUGAAGACGCUGGCUUCUGAGACCAAGAAGAAGUAUCCCCAAAUCAAGGAGUCAUGCGAAGAAGGCAUAAUCAAGUUGAGACAAGCAGCCUCAAAUAAUCAACCAGGACAAAUAUAUUAUGUUGUGAAUCAGAUCCUUUAUCCUCUAGUCCAAGGUUGUGAGAGUAAAGAUGUAAAGAUUAUUAAGUUUUGUCUAAGCACGAUGCAAAGACUGAUAACCCAGCAAGCUAUUGAUCAAAAAGGAGCUCGAUACAUCACAGAUGCAUUAUGGACGCUAAUGGAGGCAGGUAUUGAAGAAGUCAAAGUUUUACAGACUGUAACUCUGUUGCUGACUAGUAAUUCACUUGUUCAUGGAGACACAUUAGCAAGGAAUUUAGUACUCUGCUUUCGACUACAUUUUACUAAAGAUUCUACAACUAUCAAUACUGCUGGGGCUACCGUAAGACAACUAGUUUCCUUGGUGUUUGAACGUGUUGUAGCUGAAGAUGAGCAAUAUACAGAUCAACCAGUGAACGAAGAAAGCAAUUUAGAAGAACUUAAAGUGCCUACAAACCAAGCACCAAAGGCUCUUAGGCCUUGUGCCGCCGAUGCCUAUUUAAUGUUUCAAGACUUAGUGCAAUUAGUUAAUGCUGAUCAACCAUACUGGUUGAUUGGUAUUACUGAAAUGACGCGAACUUUCGGUCUUGAAUUACUCGAGUCUGUUUUGACAAAUUUUUCCUCAGUAUUUUUUAAGCACCCAGAAUUCAGUUUUCUUCUCAAGGAACGUGUUUGUGCUCUUGUUAUAAAAUUAUUUUCACCUAAUAUCAAGUAUCGAAACUCUGUGCCAGCCUCAGUGCAGCAAGCAACACCUCUCGAUAAACCUUAUUUUCCUAUCAGUAUGCGAUUACUGAGAGUAGUAUCUAUUUUGGUUCAAAAGUAUCACUCACUGCUGGUAACAGAAUGCGAAAUAUUUUUGUCCUUGAUUGUUAAAUUUUUGGAUCCCGACAAGCCGCCAUGGCAGCGUGCUUUGGCAUUGGAAGUUUUGCACAAAAUGACAGUACAGGCUGAUUUACUGACGAGUUUCUGUAAUUGUUAUGAUUUAAAGCCGCAUGCCACUAAUAUCUUUCAGGAUAUAGUUAACAGUUUAGGCGCCUAUGUACAUAGUCUUUUUGUGAACCCACAUAUGGUACAAGCGAACACAGGAUCAACAGCUCCGAUUGCCCAGGGUCAAGCACCUGCACUAUUGGCAGGAAUGCCCAUAGGUCCGGGCGUUACUCCGCAGCCUGGAUUUUAUUCAAGAGGAAUUUGGCUUCCAGUAGUUGCAACUUUCCCAAGUGGCCAAGCCAAAUCAACAUAUCUAGAAAUGCUUGACAAAGUAGAGCCGCCACAAAUUCCGGACGGUUAUGGUAUUAGUAUUGCAUACGCAUGUCUCUUGGACAUAAUCCGGUCAAUCGCACUGGCUAUAACUGGUCCUCGGGAGGAAGGCUCAUCAGCCGAGCGACGCUAUGAGCCUAGCGAAUCUGAGCGCAAGCUGCAUGUGCAGCUAAUUAACUCAAGCUGGUGCGGUCUUCUUGCUGCCCUGAGUCCGCUUAUCGAUGCCAGUACUGAUGAAUCUGCUACCGAAAAUGUACUAAAGGAGAUCCAGACGUUCGCUUCACUCUGCGGCUUGCUUGAUUUGCACACGCCACGAGACGCAUUUAUUACUGCGAUCUGCAAGGCAUCCUUACCUCCGCAUUACGCACUGACAGUGUUAUACAGCGCGCCUCAGGGUAUACCUAGUGCUGCGAGACAGCAACAACAACAAGAUGCCUCCGCCGCGGGUAAUGCCGGAGGAACAGGUUCCGGAUCUGGUGGACAGUACAAUCCAUCAAAUCUCGGAGACUCAGACUACAGGCAGCAGGUUGUUGCCGUUGGCACGCCUCUACCUACCGCUUCUCUGCCGAUUGGUGCUCAACAAGGUCCUGUAAUGUUGACGGUUAAGAACCUGCAGUGUAUGCGCGCCCUAUUGCUACUAGCCCAUUGUCACGGCAGUAUUCUGGGCAGCGCCUGGCAUCUUGUGCUAACAACCCUGCAGCAUCUCGCCUGGAUUCUUGGACUCAAACCAUCGACGGGCGGGUCGCUCAAGGCUGGACGUAGUGCUGCAGACUCGAACGCAAUGCUCACUACCGCAGUGAUGGCGGAUUUGCCGGUACUUAGCGCAAUGCUUAGCCGGCUCUUUGAAAGCAGUCAGCAUCUUGAUGACGUUGCUCUUCAUCAUCUCAUCGAUGCACUUUGCAAGCUCAGCCAGGAGGCAAUGGAACUUGCUUAUACUAAUAGGGAACCAUCUCUUUUCGCGGUGGCAAAGCUUUUGGAAACCGGUUUAGUGAAUUUACCAAGGGUAGAAGUUUUAUGGAGACCACUUACGAAUCAUUUGUUGGAAGUUUGUCAGCAUCCCCACAUACGAAUGAGAGAGUGGGGCGUUGAAGCGAUUACAUACUUGGUGAAGGCAGCGCUCCAGCACAAAUAUCCUCAGCCUCUUCGAGAUAAUCAAAAACUACAAACUCUUCUCCUAGGACCUCUUUCUGAAUUAUCAUCUGUGCGACACGCAGACGUCAGACAGAGACAGUUAGAAUGUGUACUACAGAUUUUGCAUGGUGCUGGUGAAACACUGUUUCAUGGCUGGCCAUUGGUGCUAGGAAUCAUUGGUGCAGUCUCUGAUCAUCAUGGAGAAGCUCUAGUUCGAAUAGCUUUCCAAUGUUUACAAUUGGUCGUAACAGACUUUUUACCUGUGAUGCCUUGGAGGUGCCUUCCGCUCUGCGUCGAUACGGCAGCAAAGUUUGGCUCCCAAACUCAAGAGUUGAACAUUUCACUUACCGCUGUUGGUCAAAUGUGGAAUAUAAGCGACUACUUUUAUCAAAAUCAAGAAAAAAUAUGUGCCUCGCUGAGAGGUGACUCGGCCUCCGUGUUUCCUGAUUUCCCUGGCACGACGAAUAUGCCGCCUUUCGACAAGCUCUGGAUGUGCUUAUAUGCACGUCUAGGUGAUCUGUGUGUAGACCCACGACCGGCGGUGCGCAAGUCUGCCAGUCAAACGCUCUUCUCAACAAUCUCUGCUCACGGCAGCCUGCUUCAUCAGCCGACUUGGCAGGCCGUGCUUUGGCAGGUACUGUUUCCGCUGUUAGACAAAGUGAGGAGCCUGUCAAGCUCAGCGAGUAGUGAGAAAGUCGAUACCUCCGGCAACAUCCUUAUCCACCACAGCAGAAAUACCGCUCAGAAACAGUGGGCAGAAACACAGGUACUAACUUUAAGCGGCGUUGCAAGAGUUUUUAAUACGAAGCGUCAACUUUUACAAAUGUUAGGAGAUUUUCCACGCGCUUGGUCCCUACUUUUAGAAUUUAUUGAAAACUCUGCAUUGAGUAAAAACAAUGAGGUAUCUCUAGCCGCCUUAAAGUCUUUUCAAGAGAUCUUGUAUCUUCCUAAAAAUGCAGACAAUAAUGACCCAGCACAAUCUGAGGAUUCUGAGGCUCUGUGGAUAGUUGCGUGGCGAAUUUGGUUGAGCAUAGGUCUGGAUAGCACAUCACCCCCUCAAGAAGGCGAUAUUGAACCCUAUAUUCCUUCACAAGCAUUCCUUACUGCACUCGUUCAAAUAUUCCCUGCGGUUUUUCAACACGUUAAAAAUAAAUUCUCUGCCACGGAUUUGCAAAAGUUGUGUCAAGUGUUAAAGAAUGCAGUUGCAGUUCCAGUACACGGCGAAUCGACACCAUACAUACUACCAACUGUGCCAGAUGUCGUGCUUACACAGUUACAAGAUGGUGUACUUCAUUCAAUGGAAUUACUACAGAAGGAAGCACUGUCGACUCCAGAAAAUCUGCAAACUAUGAUUGGCCCAAUUUUCCUACAGCUUCUAUAUUUUUCAAAAUUAGCUUGUGAAGCACCUACAUAUGGGAAAAUUCCUACAAAGCACAUCUCCCAAGUCAGAGGCGUAUCUGCCGAUUGGGUUACUAUGAACUACGUGCCUUUCGGAGAAAAAGCUCUGUCUAUGGUCGUUAGCUUGUAUCAAAAGACCGCGGAUGAGAUGGCUGUGAUUGAAGGUCAAAUCCUAAAACAUAUUAUAGAAGCACUACAUGUUCCUCUGGCAAUGAAAUAUGCCUGCCCUUCGCAUACAACGUGGAAACUAGCCGUAACGAGUCUCUUAGCUAUUUUACAUACAGGAUUACCGCUUGCAAGAAAUUAUCCCGAUCAUUUCCAGAAUAUGUGGCAGGAGCUUGCCGAUACUCUUGAUCAUUUUCUAUUUCCGUCUAGUGUUAUGAAUACGGAUCGUGGAGUCGAGGAAAUCCAGGCAGAUGAAGCAGUCGAUUGUCAAGUAAUGGAGCUUUUGAGAGACGAAGUUCUGCCGCAUUCUCAGCAUAUUCCGCAUCAGUUUAUCUUAAGAGUAGUCAUGCUCUUAAACAAAGGGUCUAUUCAUUCUGCCACUUCAAAUAUCGAAAAGAAUGGCGAACCUAAAUUAAGAGAAGAGUUUGCGAAAACGUGCUUCGAGACGCUUCUUCAGUUCUCUUUGCUAGACGGGCUGAACAACGAGAUCGAGAACAACAGCACAGAUAGCAUCACUGAGCGUGAUGAGGGCGGCGUCGCCGGACGACUUGCUGUCACAGCUCUGCUUCAUAGAUUUCAAGAGGUUCUAAAGAGAUACAUCGAGGACGAGCGACGAAGCGGCAAAUGUCCACUGCCUAGGUACAGGUUGUCAGAAAUAUCCUUCGUUCUCAAAGCAGUAGCAACUCUUGUCGUUUCGUUGAAGAAAGCGCCUGCAAAUAAGGUGGAGCGCUCAGUGUGGGAGCAGCUGAUCGGCCUGUACCCCUGUUUGGUUGAGUGUACUGUAGCGACGGCCUCGAAUCAGGUUUCGCGUUCGCUAAGAGAGGCCCUCAUGCAGUAUCACGAUUUGCUGCGGCCUCCGAGCAACAUCAACCCACCCACCUCAAACGGCGUCUGACCUAAGACCUACCUAACCAGAAGCAACGCCGCCUAAUCAAAAGAGUCAGAGGAGGGGACUCGCUUCGAGCGAUGAAUCAAUUUCUAUCUAUUUGCGAGACCGGCAUUGCUGCUGCACAGUGCUAGAGGUAUCGAUUUUUUAUUAUACCUUCACUGUGGAGAGUGAUCCAUUUAUGAUGAAUUGUAAGUGUUGAGAGAGCGAUUUGUAAUUCAAAGUAUAUAUUUCGUAUAGGAGCAUGGUAAGUUUUUUUACUUGGAAUGCAAUUGGACGGAUUGUUGAAUUUUUUUAAAUUUCUAAGAGAUCCAAUUAUUUGAUGCAUUUUAUUUUUGAGUACGGAUGGAUGAUUUUUAUUGUUGCAGUUUAUUUAUUUUUUUUCAAUAUCAGCAAGUUAUAAAAAUCAAGAAAGAAGGCGUGUAGCGGUGAGGACUAAGAUUUUUAAUGUUUCGUUGAUUGUUUUUGUUUGAACUCUAUAAGAUAUUCUAAUCAAAGGUGAGAAUUUAUAUUUACGAACAGUGUUUUAAUCAACUCGCAACGUAAUAUAUGCACGUGGAAGGAAUUUUAUGUACCUGGAGAAAGGACAAUGAAAGGGACAAAGUUUAAAUUAAUCAAUGCGAUAUCUCUGCUGCUUUUAACGUGUGCAAGUAAAAAAGGGCACAUUAGACCGUGGCACAGAAAUGCGCCAUCUGUAGUAAGCACAAACAGAACGCGAGAGCAUAUUUUGUUUUCAAUGCAACGAUCUUUAUGAGAACGAUUUAAUUGUGCUAUGUAUAAUUAAAUAAUGAUGAAAAGCAGCUUCGAUGCGAAAAGUCUCGUUGAAUUGUAAUCAACGAGAACCGCGUGUAAAUACGAUACAUAUACAUAUAUAUCUAUGAGAUAGCGCUGACGCGCACACUCGUAAAUUAGAUACUUUUUAUUCUGAGUGUAUAUAAUGAUUGAACAAACUACGAGAAUCAAUAGCGAAUUUAAUGUUGUCUGUAGAUGGUUUUAUAAAUUUUAAAAAAGCGCCAGAAUUGUAUUCAUGAGGUAACCGCAUGAAAUUUGCGAGCUGAGAGCUGUAAUAAUGUAAAUAAAGCUAUAUAGAUUCAAGUGCACGAAAUAA